AUAAUUUUCAAGUGUAAAUUUUCUUUGUGAAUUAUAUGAUAACAUUGAAAAUGAAUAAAUUGAUCAAUAUUAUUGGUGAUCCAGUGGAGGAUUUUGUUGGACGUAAACUUCCCUUAAUAAAAGAGGUUAUUGCGGUAUUUUUUUAUCAUAAAAAUAUUCUCAAAAUAAAUUAUAGAGGAAGUCUUCAAAAAACAAUUGAUAAACUCGAAAAAAAGUGGUCUGAGGCUGGCAUCCCAGCGUGUGGGAAAAAAUGUGCGUUAAAAAAAUUUGAAAAAAUAUUAGGAGAAGACAAAAAAUUACAAAAGUCUUCUCAACGAAAAUGGUCUGCAAUACAGAAAAAAAAUGAAGCAAUUUUCCAUCAAAAAUUGGCAAAUUUAUUCGACAUUGCCAAAGUAAAUGUCGAAAAAUAUCUCACUGAUGAUAAAAAGUUGUUCUUAUCAGGUCAGCGAUCAAAAAGUAGAUUCGGUUUGAUUGAUAAUGUUGUUCAAUUGAGCUCAGCGGAAAAUACUGAAGAUGCUAUGGACGUAGAGCCUGUUGAUACAAACGAACCUGACGCUAAUGUGGCUCUAGCGAGUCAAAAAUCUUCAUUAUUUCAAUCUAACUUAUCAGCAACAACAUCGAGUCAUAUAUCUACUGAUGUAUCUGAUUUUGAAAGUCAACUUAUCCAGCCGAAACUAACUCCAAAAUUGAAUGUAAUGACACCUGAACUCUGUGGUGCACUUGAUCGAUCACAAGUGACUCACAGGAAUGUCAUUUUUAUUUUAUCUGCUGCGUACAAAAGUGUGGGAAUCAAUCUGUCAACUCUUAAUCUGAGUUACAGUACAAUUUAUCGAACGCGAAUUAAAUUUAGGUCAGAUAUUGCUAAGGAUCUGAAAUCUGAAUUUCACAAAGACGACCGUUAUGUAGUGCAUUGGGACGGGAAAAUUCUCAGUGAUAUCGCAAGCGCGAAAACUGUGGACCGUAUUGCAGUUUUUUUAUCAGUUUCUGGGGUUGAUUAA